AUGUCAGGUGGCCCCACCAGCACGCAGCAGCGUGCCAGGAUGGCCAGGAGUGCGGCGCUGCUCCUCUGGGCCCAAGCCCUCGGCCUCACUGGUGCCCAGCCCAGCCAGGUCACGCUAGACCCCCCCUGGAUGCCGGUGUUCCUCAAUGAGAAGGUGACGCUGACCUGCUGGGGCUCCGGCGUGCCUGGCCCCACCGACUGGUACAUCAAUGAGCAGUACUGGUGGCGGUCAGAAUCUGACCAUAUCCACGUCUCCAAAGACCGCCCUGGGAGCAGCAGCUACCAGUGCCGCAUCCCCGGUGCCGAACUCAGCCCCGCCGUCACCGUCAGCUUCUCAAAUGACUGGCUGGUGCUGCAGGUGCCAGCGCAGGCACUGCUGGAGGGGGACAUGGUGUCGUUGCGCUGCCGGGCCUGGAAGAACACAAAGAUCACCAAGGUGCAGUUCUUCCACGAGCAGGAGGUGCUGGGGGGGCCCUCCCAGGGAGCUGAGCUGCUUCUGCCCCCCCUGCAGCUGCACCACAGCGGGCGCUACCACUGCCAGGCCACCCUGCUCUACUACUUGAGCUGGGAGGGAUCGACACUGGUGACGGUGCAAGAGCUCUUCUCGGUGCCAGUGCUGCGCCUGGAGGGCCCGGCCGAGCCCCCCGAGGGAGCCCCCCUGGCCCUGAGCUGCCUCAGCCACCUCAGCCCCCUGCGGCCCCUCACCCGCCUCCAGUACCUCUUCUACCGGGACGAGGCAGUGGUGGGGGGGCCCCAGGGCUCCCCCCAGCUCCAGCUGCUGGCCGUGGGGCUGCAGCACUCGGGGAACUACUCCUGCGAGGUGCAGACGGAGACGGCCAGCGUGCGGAAACACAGCGCCCCGGUCACUGUCACGGUGCGCAGGGUCCCGGUAUCGGGGGUGUCCCUGGUGGCACAGCCCCCCAGGGGACAGGUGGUGGAGGGCGACCGCUUGGUGCUGAGCUGCUUGGUGGCCGUGGGGACGGGGCCCCUCUCCUUCUCCUGGCAUCGGCAAGGCUUGGCCACGCCGCUGGCCACAGGCCCCCGCUACGAGCUCCGUGCCGUGCAGCACCAGGACGGCGGCCGCUACCACUGCACGGCCACCAAUGGUGGCACUGCAGCCAACAGCCCGCCACUGUGGGUCACCGUCCUGGUGCCGGUGGUAGGUGCCACGAUCACAAUGGCAAGGAUGGAGCCAUCGGUGCUGGUGGGCGAGAGCCUCAACCUGAGCUGCUCGGUGCGGGCGGGCACCGCACCCGUGACCUUCACCUGGCUGCGGGAUGGGCAGGAGCUGGGCUCGGGGCCUGUCCUGUCCCUGGAGGCCGUGGAGCCAGCGCACACCGGGACCUACCAGUGCCUGGCCACCAACCGCCUUGGCACCCACCGCAUCUUCCGGGUGCUCAGCCCGGCGCUGGCCCUCUCGGUGAUGCAGCCGGGACGGCGAUGGCAGCGACGGGACACAGACGUGGCUGUGGGGCUCAGCGUGUCCCUCCUGCUCCUGCUCCUGCUCGGUGCUGCCAUGGCCUGGCACCUCCGGCGCCGGCACCGUGCGGCCGCGGGGAACAGCCGGGGCAGGCUGACUUACGGUGUAGAUGGCUUCUUCCUUCAGCCCCCUUACUCCCUGGGGAAGCAGGGGUAA